ACAACACAGAGAAGAAUGCGAGAGACAAGAGAGAGCAGAGCGAGAGACAGGAAAUGGAAGAACGCGAGAGACAGGAAAUGGAAGAACGCGAGAGACAAGAAAGAGAAGAACGCAAGAGACGGGAAAGAGAAGAACUCGAGAGACGAUGGAGAGAAGAGCGAGAGAGACAACAAAGGGAAGAACGCGAGAGACAAGAAAGAGAAGAACGCAAGAGACGGGAAAGAGAAGAACUCGAGAGACGAUGGAGAGAAGAGCGAGAGAGACAACAAAGGGAAGAACGCGAGAGACAGGAAAGAGAACUCGAGAGACAAGAGAGAGAAGAGCGAGAGAGACAACACAGAGAAGAAUGCGAGAGACAACAAAGAGAAGAAUGCGAGAGACAAGAGAGAGCAGAACGCGAGAGACAGGAAAUGGAAGAACGCGAGAGACAGGAAAUGGAAGAACGAGAAAGACAGGAAAGAGAAGAACAGAGACAGAGAAAGAGAAGAACGCGAGAGACAGAGAAGAGAAGAACGCGAGAGACAGGAAAGGGAAGAACGUGAGAGACAAGAAAGAGAAGAAUGCGAAGGACAAGAGAGGUCAGAGUGCGAGAGACGGGAAAGAGAAGAACGGGAGAGACAGGAAUUAGAAGAACGAGAGAAAAGGGAAAGAGAAGAAUGGGAGAGGCAAGAAGAAGCUAAACGAGAAUAUUUGUUGAGUGACGAGUUCUGGAAGCAGGAUCGGGAAGAACUUGUUAGGCAAGAACGAAAGGUAGCCGAUCAGAUGGUGGACGACCAGCACGAUGUCGUUGUGAGGGCGCAGAUAGAGUUCCGGCGGGGUGGUCACGAGUCCGGUUGCCCGCUGCGGGAGGAAGAGCGCCGGCCGGAAGACCAGACGGCGAACGAAGACCUGAGAGAGGAGACACACGUUUGGCAAGAGCAGCAUGGUCGCCAUAUUUCCCACACCCCAACCUCUCAUACCCGCGAAAAGUCAGAGUCCAGGUCGCGAUCCUCCUCCCCGGGUGGCCACCGAAGCCGCCCGCGGCGUCGUGAGGUCUUCGAAGUGGUGGUGGUGGAGCGGCGCGGCGCCCCCCCGCGGGUUGAGGUGCAGGCGGAGACCAGCCGUCACCAGGACGACGACGAUGACGAGGAUGACCACCGCUUCAGCAGCUCCUCGAGGCGCUUGAAGGAGGAGGUGGUGGAGCUGCAUCUGAGCGAGCAGGCACGCAAGGGGGACCUGGCCUACACCCUGGACAUGCAGAGGGAGAGCAGGACACAGAGCAGAAGCUCCCGGGAGACUUCAUCCUCGCGCACUGGCGUGCAGCGGCUGGAGGACGAGCUGCUGGAAUGCAAGCAACGCCAGAAGAUGCUGGAGGAAAAACUUCAGCAACACUCGAGCUACGAACAGCGCCGUCUGGAGGGUGAAUGCAGCGACAUUCGACGUCACCGGCGCGCUCGCUCUGAAAGCGCGAAACGUCACGCUUUCCUGCGCGUGCAGCUGGAUAGUGAGCGCGAGAAGGAGGAGCACAUGCUGUUGGAGUUGGAGAAGGCGCAGCGUGAGACCGAAGCAGGUGUAUCCACAAAAGAGGAUGACCGCGAGAAAUCUCCUAAAUCAUCAGAUACUUAGACACACACACAAAUUCUGAUCCACCAAAGCUUUCUUACACCUUCAAUGAAAAAACAAAAAAACAAAAACAACAACAAACAAACAUGUCGAGCACAUAAUAAUGAAGAAAGAAACUUUGUCGAGGUCACUACGCCAACAGUGACCACAAACAACGCUAGGAGACAAGGUAACAUCCGGUCUCACCUGGUCUAGAAUCUGUUUUUAUUUUUAAACCAAACAUGAGGAUGAAUAGCACAAGCUUUAUCAACUGUUGAUGUUUACUAUGUAAGCUGCUAGCAGUUGUAAUGUGCAGGUCAGAGGAAGUGGCUCAAAGGUCAUCUUUGUUUAUUAAUUCAUUUUAGCAGGACCAAUCUCAUCAUCGAAGAUUAGAUUUUCAUCUGAAUACUUUGUCAGAAAUUAAUGCACUGACAAAAAAAUAUAAUUCUGAAAUUUAAA